CUUUAGGCCUCUUUUGACCAGCAGGAGGCCCGCCAGACGACGCCACGCGACGCGCAAUCAGCGCGCGCGCGGUCAGCCCACAGCGCUCUAGAGGCCGCUCGACGCCGGAGAGCGCGCGCUGCGAGCAAGCGCCGCCCUAGCCGCCAAGGCGCAGCGACCCGCGAGGGUGACCAGAUACAAAACAAAAGCGCCGCGCCGACGCCUCCACGAUGUUGAGCCCCAAGAUCAUCGCCCUCGAGGAGGGCUGGAACAAUGAAAUUAAAGCCAAGGCCAUCGACGUGCUCGCCAGCGCAUAAAUCUACCGCCGCGGCUUCUCCGCCCACGGCUAGAACACGACCCCCACGCCAUCGACGCGACGCCUUCGCCCACGGCUCAAUCAUACGCCAUCGACGCGACACGCCAGCUCGAUGGCGUGGCGGUGUGGGUCUCUCGCCGCUCGAUUCGGUCGGCACGGCCCCGUCUUCACUGGUUGAUUCGCGCGCAGGUGCUCGAGGACAUGCUCAACACCGGUCUAGAUAAAAACAAGCCCCGCUUAUUUGACCCCAAGGAGUACGUCCAGACGUAUACUACUUGUUACAAUAUGUGUACUCAAAGAAGCCCGUACAACUGGUCGGAGCAACUCUACCAGCGCCAUGGAGAAACCAUCUGCGACUACCUCUCAAAAACCGUCCUACCGGCCCUCAAGCAAAAAUCCGGCAACGCCUUACUAACAGAGCUCACCGUGCGGUGGUCGAACCACAAGAUCAUGAACAAGUGGAUGCGGCUCUUCUUCAUGUAUUUGGAUCGGUAUUAUGUCAAGCACCACUCCUUGCCUACGUUAGAUGUUGCUGGAUUGAAACAUUUCAAGACCCUAGUCUACAACGAGGUCAAAAAAGAUGUAGUUAAUGCGAUGAUCGCGCUCAUCGACGCGGAACGGGACCAGGCCCUCAUCGAUCGGGCUUUGGUCAAAAACACGGUGGAGCUGCUCGAAGCCAUGGGCAUGGGGUCCUUGGAUGCGUAUGUCACGGACUUCGAGGACCAGCUCCUCGCUUCUACCAAAGAGUACUACGCGCGCAAAUCCCAAGAGUGGGUCGAGUCGGACGACGCACCGGCCUAUCUCGCGAAGGCCGAGGUGGCCCUCGAGGCGGAAGCGGCUAGAGUGGCCCACUACCUCAACGGCGCCUCGGAGCCCAAGUUGUUGCGAGUCUGCGAGCACGAGAUCCUGGAGUUGCGAGAGACCGUACUCCUCGAGAAGGAAGGUUCCGGCUGUAGAGCGCUGCUAGCGAACGACAGGAAAGCCGACCUCGCGCGGAUGUACCGCCUCUUCGGUAGGGUGCCCAACACGCCCACUCAUGGGUUACCGCCCAUGGCCGCGCUCGUGCGAGCCCACAUCGAGCAGAUGGGCAACGACAUCAUUGACCGGAGGGAGGCGCGACUGUCCGAGGGCGCCAAGGACUCGAACCAAGACCCCGCCUUCGUCAAGGAGUUGUUGGCCUUGCACGACAAGUACCUCGCGGUAGUCAGUGAACAGUUCGGGGGCAACGCGCUCUUCCAGAAAGCGCUCAAGGAGGCCUUCGUCGAAUUUGCGAACCGAGAUGUCGGGAAGCACACGAAUGCCGAACUGAUGUCUUCUUUUUGUGACCGGAUCCUCAAGUCGGGAGGCGAAAAGCUCGGUGACGAAGACGUGGAGGCCUUCCUCGAGAAGACGGUGCAGCUGUUCUCGUACCUGACCGAUAAGGAUCUCUUCGCGGAGAUCUAUCGGAACCAGCUCGCGAAGCGACUGCUGAACCAGCGCUCGGCGUCGGACGACGCGGAACGCCUGAUGAUCGGCAAGUUGAAAUUGAGAUGCGGGUCCCAGUUCACGGGCAAGAUGGUGCGUGCGCGGCGUCCCUUCCUUUGACUCGACGCCGUCGUCGCGACGCAUCGAGCGGGCGUCUCUGCGAAGCGCGCUGCCCCUCCGUAGAGUAUGGUACAGCCCGUACGCCAUCGACGCGGCGAGAGCGUCGCGGCGAUGGCGUAUGGGCGGCCCCCGACGCCAUCGACGCGACAUCUCAACACACACGAGCGCAAGCGGACGUCGCGUCGAUCGCGAGGCGCUCACCAUUUUUGUAUCAACGCAGGAGGGCAUGCUAAAUGAUUUAGCGAUCGGCCACGACCACCAGGCCGACUUCGAGAGCUACGUCAAGGCCGACUCUUCAAGAUCGACCGGUAAAUUGGACUUCAGCGUCCAGGUGCUCACGACGGGCUACUGGCCGACGUUCGCGUCCAUCGACGCCCACCUCCCGCCGGAGAUCGUCCAGUGCACCAAGGUCUUCAAGGACUAUUAUGAUGAGAAGAAUAGUAAGAGAAGGGUCACGUGGAUGUGGUCGCUCGGGAACGCUUCGGUGAAGGCGUUUUUCGGGAAGAAGGCCUAUGACCUGCAGGUGGCUACGUUGCAGGCUAUUGUACUGCUUACGUUCAAUCCCGUGGACGGUGCUUCCCAGACACUUACUUAUGCCCAGGUAGCUGAGCGAGUGAACCUGCCGGACGAGCACCUGAAACGCGUCUUACACUCAUUGGCUUGUGGCAAGUACAAGGUCCUGGCCAAGACGCCCAUGUCGUCUCGAGUGGCUCUUACUGAUUCGUUUGCGGUGAACACGAAGUUCUCGUGUCCCAUGCGGAAGAUAAGAGUGCCGAUGGCGUCGCUGGACGAGUCGCACAACCCGAAGCGCGUGGAAGAAGAUAGGACCGUGGCGAUCGAGGCCGCCGUCGUGCGCAUCAUGAAAGCUAGAAAGGCGCUGUCGCACCAGUCUUUACUGGCCGAGGUCCUCAGCCAAUUGGCCUUCUUCCGCCCGAACCCGAAGGUCAUCAAGCGCCGCAUCGAGGCCCUCAUCGACCGCGAGUACCUCGAGCGCGACCCGGAGGUGGCGAACGCGUACCGCUACCUCGCCUAGGUGCUGGUGUCCUCUCCCGGGUAAACACGAUGUGUACUUA